AUGAAAUACAUUAUCCUGAUAUGUUUUAUAAACAUAGCAGAAUCUCAAUAUAAUCCGAUUCCAUGUUGUGAGUUGUUUUCGGCACUAUUUCAAUUGAGUUGCGAGCUCGCAGCUCUUGAAAUUGAUAUUUAUGUGUACGAUUUUUUAUCACUUUUAAAAUCUACAGUUCUGAAAUCUCUUCAAUUCAGAUCCUGGUCAAUCUUGCAACCCGCUCAACCUACAACCGCCAUAUCCUCCUCCUCCUCCUCAUCCACAAAUUCAACUUUUCCUAUCUCCCCAAUAUAUUUCGGCAUCUGUUCCAAUUUCUCAAUUUCCUUCGCCUGGUUAUCCUUCACAACAACAAUAUUUCAGUUAUCCCAUUGAUUAUUCGUCUUCCUAUCAACAACCCCAAUCUCAAGAAGUAUAUCAACAAACAACAAUUUAUGAUAACUCGGAAAAUGAGAAUAACAAUCCUGUGGGCUCAAUAAAUUUGGAAGAAGGGAAUUAUGAAUUUCAGCAAGAUGAUCAAUCAACAUCGGAACCCGAUAUGGAUAUUGAAGUAAAACAUGAUGUUCUUGAAAAUAAUCAUGAGAUGAAUAAAAAUGUUUCCGAUUCAUCGGAAAAAGAAAUUUCAUCCUCUACAAGAGGAGAAUCUAACGAUCAAACAUCCAAACAUCAACUUCCACCUAGAAAAUCGAAAUCUUCUGCAAAACCUCCACCCCUACAAAUCGCACCUCUCCGAUCUUCAAAAUGUUCAGCCGGUUGGAGAAUGAUGAGUAGAAAUAAAGGAAAAUGGUGUAUGAAAGUAUUUGGGGGAACUUUGAAUGUUUGGGACGCUCACAACGAAUGUAAUAAACAGGGAGCAUCUUUGAGUGGAGUGGAAAAUGAGCAAGAACGUGAUUUUAUUCAUGGUGAGUACUUUCUGUUUCUCUCUGCGUCUCUCUAUUUUCCCAAAGGCGUGAGUUCCAAAAUUCUGAAAAAUCAAUUCUGACGAUUGAAUUUUUCUCACGGUUUAUCUUGAAUUCAAAAGAUCAUAAAACUUUUCUGUGUGGCAGUUGCAUUUACUCCGUGUUAUCAAUAGAGCAAAUUUGUGCCAUUUCAGCACAAGGUGUUCACAUUCUCCGUUCACUCAACAAAAACAUUCAACAAGGAUCUGUGUGGAUCGGUGCAAAACGACGCAAUCAAUGUCUUGGAGACAAUAAAAAUGCGGCCGGUUGUGUUCCUUGGGCUCCGAACGCUUUUGAAUGGACCGAUGGUUUUACCAGUGGCAAAAAUAUGUUCAGAUUUAGACCAGGCCAACCAGAUUAUCUACAGUAAGAUUUUAUUUUUCUCACACGUAAAAUGUGUCGCGGAAUUUAGGUUUUCAUUUAAUUUUUAUUCCAAAAUUUCAGAAACGCUCAAGAAUUCAUCUAUAUGCAUAUUGUUGAUAAACCUUUCGGUAUUGGAUCAGCUGGUGCAACUCCAGGAAGUCUUGAUGAUAUAAAUGGAUCAAUCACAUCAAGUUCUCAAAAUCUACAAUUUGUCAGAGGAUAUGUUUGUGGAAAACCAGCAAGUUUUGAUUGA